AUACGGAGUAAUAUUUUUUUUUUGUUUUAAAAUUGAAGACAAUAAGAGAGUGCGUGUGGAAGAAUCCAAUGCGCCAUUCAAUGGAGGCUAGCUGUCAACACGCCAUGCGUAUAUUAUUAUUAUUACUUCACGGACGCGUUCAGCUCCUCCCCCUUUAAAUUAAGUUAAGUUUCCUCAUCAUAUAUCUAUACAAAUUUUUAUUCCUCUAACCUUUUAAUUAAUUACCUUUCAUAUUAUAUGGCUACUAGGGUGGAGCUUAAGGUAAACAUUCACUGCCAAGAAUGCACAAAGAAAAUCUUGAAAGCCAUCAAGAAAAUCCAUGAUCUCGAAACAUACGACGUAGACACAAAGGAAAACAAGGUGAUCGUGACUGGGAAUGUGACAAGUGAUGAAGUGAUCAAAGUUCUUGGUCGGAUUGGGAAGGAGGCAACCCUGCUUAAUUAAACCCAGUUCUUAUGUGGUUAAUUACUAUCUAGCCCAUUCUCCAAUUUUGAAGAUGAAUUAAUCUAUUAAUACUAAUAAAAUGUAGGAAUUGAUUAUAAAAUAGGGUAUUUUAUUAUACGGAGUACUAUCUUCACCCCCAGAAUAUUUAUGUAGUUUUAAUUUUGUAUAGUCUAAAUUAAUGAACUUUGAUCAUUAAU